AAAUCUACAUUUCCACAAGAAAGACGAAUCGUCGGUGACGGACUGUACAAUCUAAAUGCAAACCCGACUCGAAAGCGAUUCCGAGAAAAGCUCCAACGUUUUCUUCUCUUGUCCUACACAGCUGCUCUUUCAAAUACUCUUCCUCUCCAUUGGAAAGGAUCCCGGAGGUGAAUCCCACAUCUAUAACCGAUCUGUUGCGCUUUUCCGGUGUUCAUUUGACUCAUCGUCCAAGAUUUUUCGCCGGAAAAUCUAGCUGAACCAAAAUGGUGGAUGUAUUCGUGAAAUCGGUUGAGGAUGGCUUAAAACUUUCGAAAAGGAUUUACUUUGGGAAGGAUCGUGCUGUUUCACCUCCGAAUCAAGUGGCAAUGGAGAAAGCCAUGCGUUCAUUUCUUCCGACAUCUCCCAUGUUUUAUGCUGUGAUUUUUGAUCCUUCAAUUGUUGAUAAUCCUGAUAUGCCGAGCUACCAACCUCAUGUCCAUGGUCGCUGCGAUCCCCCGGCAUUGAUUCCACUUCAGAUGAAUGACAUUGCUAUGGAGGCGGAAUGUUAUUUGGACACAGCGAUUGUUACUGUUAGGGGUUCCUGGCGUGUUCAUUGUGUCAUGGGAAGCCGUAGCUGCGAUUGCCGCCUUGCUAUACCAAUGAGCGAGCAGGGUUCAAUUCUAGGUGUUGAGGUUGAUGUUGCUAGAAAGUCAUAUUGCACCCGACUGGUUGCCAUUGAUGAAAAGAUUAAUACAGAAAAUUUAGACAAAGCCAGAGAUGGAGGCUUUUUGAAACCCCAAAUCUUUAUAGUGACAAUUCCUGAGAUUGAUGGAGGGUCCAAUCUCUCUGUUAAAGUGAGUUGGUCUCAGAAAAUAUUCUACGGUGAUGGUCAGUUCUCCCUUAAUAUACCAUUUAGCUUUCCAGAGUAUGUCACUCCGGCUGGAAAAAGACUUUCCAAAAGGGAAAAGAUACAGUUGAAUGUGAAUUACGGCAACGCGACUGAGGUUUUAUGCAAGACAACUAGCCAUCCCUUGAAGGAAAUAAGACGCCAAGCAGGAAAUUUGUGUUUCUUAUAUGAAGCAAAUGUUCUUACAUGGUCAAGAACUGAUUUUAAUUUUUCAUAUAUGGUUACAUCAAGUGACAUAUCUGGCGGCUUGCUCUUGAAAUCUCCUUCUGUACAUGACUUUGAUCAAAGAGAGAUGUUCUGCUUCUAUCUAUUUCCUGGAAAUCACCAGCAUAGAAAGGCUUUCAAAAAGGAAGUGGUAUUUGUUGUUGAUAUAAGUGGGAGCAUGAAGGGAAGGCUUCUUGAGAACGUGAAGAAUGGGAUGUGUGCAGCUCUGUCCAAACUCAAUCCAGAAGACUCAUUUAACAUUAUAGCUUUCAAUGGAGAGACAUAUUUAUUUUCGUCUUCAUUGGAGUUGGCAACCAAAGAAACGAUUGAAAAUGCAUCCCAAUGGAUUAGCAUAAACUUUAUUGCCGGGGGUGGUACAAACAUUUUGCUUCCGCUAAAUCAGGCGAUGGAGAUGUUAUCAAAUACCUGUGAUUCAAUCCCUAUCAUUUUCCUUAUUACUGAUGGGUCAGUUGAAGAUGAAAGACACAUAUGUGAUGUUAUGAAAAGUAAUCUGAGAAAUAGAGGAUCUAUGGCUCCACGAUUUUUCAGUUUUGGCAUAGGUUCAUAUUGUAAUCAUUAUUUUCUGCAAAUGCUUGCACAUAUCAGCAGGGGUCACUAUGAAGCUGCAUAUGAUGCAGAUUCAAUUGACCUUCACAUGCAAAGACUAUUCACAGCAGCAUCAACUACCAUUCUGGCGAAUAUAACCAUUGACACUUUACAGUGCCUUGAUGCACUUGAGGUCUACCCUUUCCAUAUUCCAGACCUUUUAUCUGGAAGCCUAUUGAUUGUGUCAGGUAGAUAUCAAGGGGAUUUUCCUGAAUCUUUGAAAGCUAAAGGUAUGCUGGGAGAUAUGAACAAUUUUGUGAUAGACUUGAAAGUGCAAAAAGCGAAGGACAUCCCUCUUGACAAAGUUGUUGCAAAGCAACAAAUUGAUGUACUUACUGCUCAAGCAUGGCUGCUGGAAAAUAAAGCUAUUGAGGAGAAGGUGGCAAAACUGAGCAUACAAACCAGUGUUCCGUCUGAAUAUACACAUUGGCUCUUACUUCAGACUGAUAAAGGGAAGCAGGCAUCUGAAUCAUUAGGGAUUCAACAGGUUUCAAACAAAGUUGACCUCCAGAGUCUGGUAGACUCCAAAGGCUGCAAAGCAAUUUUGCUUCAGAGCUUGAGCGUGGGCUUUGGCGAUUUGAAUGCAACAGCUGAGAACAUUCCUCCAGGAUAUGUAGGUGACUCGUCUGAACCUUCCGACAUAAUAAUCAAGGCAGCUUCAAACUGUUGCAGCAGGGUGGCUGAUUGCUGCUGUUGCAUGUGCUGCAUCAAAGCUUGUUCCCGGUUGAAUGACCAAUGUGCCGUCGCCCUAACACAGUGCUGCACUGCCUUGUCGUGUUUUGGCUGCUUCACCUGCUGUUCAGAUAUCUGUUGUUCAAGUGGUGAUGGAUGAUCAACAAGUUAAGAGGAAAAUGACAUAUUACUUCUAUAUGUAGUUUGUGAGUUAUUCUUUAAACGCGAUAUGCAAUAUUCUUCCCCUUUGUAAAUAUGCCGGAGCA